AUGGAACCAAUGCUGCUCCUGAUAUUGGUGGCGGCCGUCGUCCUACUGUUCGUGCGAUGGGCUUUUGUCUACGGCCAUCGCACGAGUAACAUGCCAAAAGGGCCACCCACGCUGCCAUUUAUCGGUAACAUCCACCAAAUCCCAACACAAUACACCCACAUCAAAUUCACCGAAUGGGCUGCCAAAUACGGCGGCCUCUACAUGCUCAAAGUUGGGAAUGGCAACAUGGCCGUCGUCACGGAUCGCCGACUGGUUAAAGAAGUCGUCGAUCGUAAGAGCGGCAUCUACAGCCACCGGCCGCACUCCUUUGUCUCGCACGAGCUGAUCACCAAGGGCAAUCACCUCCUCGUCAUGCACUACGGCGACCAAUGGAGGACGUUCCGCCGGCUGAUCCACCAGCAUCUCAUGGAGUCGAUGGUCGACAGCCAGCAUGUCAAGAUCGUCAACGCAGAGGCGAUCCAGCUGGUGCGGGACUAUCUGGUCGAUCCGGAGCAUCAUAUGGCGCAUCCGAAGCGGUUCAGUAACAGUAUCACCAACUCAAUCGUAUUCGGCAUCCGCACUGCCGACCGCAACGGCUCCAACAUGAAACGUCUUUACAAGCUCAUGGAAGAGUGGUCCGAGAUUAUGGAAACCGGCGCCACACCCCCCGUCGAUCUCUUCCCCUGGAUGAAGAUGCUUCCCCAAUGGAUGUUCAGCAACUACGUGAACCGUGCCAAAGCCAUCGGCGUACAGAUGGAGACCCUCUACACGGACAUCCUGAACAAGGUGAUCAAGCGGCGCAACGGAGGCCAGAAUCUCGGCACCUUCAUGGACCGCGUGCUGGACGGACAGGAGAAAAACGACCUACCCUGGCAUCAGCUCGCUUUCAUCGGCGGCGUGCUGAUGGAGGGCGGCUCGGAUACCAGCUCCAGUCUGACCAUUGCCAUUGUGCAAGCGUUGAUUCUAAACCCGGCGGUGCAGAAGAAGGCGCAUGCGGAAAUCGAUGCGGUCGUGGGGUCGGACCGCUCCCCAGUAUGGGAGGAUCUGGAGAAGUUGCCGUAUAUCAAUAUGAUUAUCAAGGAGGGACAUCGGUGGAGGCCUAUCUUGCCGCUCUGUUUUCCCCAUGCGCUGGGAGAGGAUGACUGGGUCGACGGCAAGCUGCUCCCCAAAGGCACCGUCGUGGUCAUCAACACCUGGGGCAUGCACAUGGACCCCUCCCAGCCCGACGACCCGGCUGCCUUCAUCCCCGAACGCUACGCCAACCAUCCCCAGCUGGCCCCCGAGUACGCUGCCGGGAAAUGGGAGAACCGCGACCACUACGGCUACGGCGUGGGACGGCGCAUCUGCCCGGGGAUCCACCUGGCUGAGCGGAACAUGUUCCUCGCCAUUGCGAAAUUGCUGUGGGCGUUCGAGUUCCAGCGCGGGGAGGGCAAGAUCGAUAGCGAUCCAGUGACGGGGUACCAUAAUGGGUUUCUCUACUGCGCGAAAGAUUAUCCCUGUCGGCCAGUGGUGCGAAACAAGACGAUCCGGGCGACGAUUGAGAGGGAGUUUGCCACGGCCACCAAGGAGGUGUUUUCGCAGUUUACGGAGGGCUAG